AUGGCUACGACGCUGAUAUCACAGUCGCUACCAGCGAUGCGUCACGCUCACGAGAGUGCCAGCUCGGACCGCACCGUCACAAUCCUCCUGACGACCUUCGCUGGCCUGGGACUUCCUCGCACCCUUUCACUUCCGGUCAGCGCAUCAACAAGCGUUCAAGAUGUCCUGCAGAGCAUUCACAACCGGCUACCAAACGUCAACCACACGCUUAUCAUCACAACCACCGACAACAAACAGCUGCUCUCUUCGAGCACUGAGCCCGUCUCUACGCUGCUCUCGUCCCGAAGCGAUGCGUUUCUUCCGCUCCGCCUCAGCGCGCGACUAUGCGGUGGCAAAGGCGGUUUCGGCUCCCAGCUGCGCGCUGCAGGUGGCCGCAUGAGCAGCCGCAAGAAGCGCGACCAGAAUCAAAAUACCAACGGCUCGAACCGCAAUUUGGAUGGCCGGCGAUUGCGUGUCGUUGACGAAGUCAGGAACGUCAGCAAGUUUAUGGCGGGACAGAAGGGAGAGGCCGAAAGGGCGGAGGCUGAGAAGAAAAGUGCACGCGAGGCGUACUACGACAAGAUGACCAAGCAGCUCGAGUUGGUGGGAAGUGGGAAAUUUGGUGGCGAUAAGGGAAAACUCGAUGAGGAGUAUGUUGAGAGCAAGAAGCAAGCGGAGGAACAGACGCAGUUGGCGGUAAGAAAUUAUUACGCAAAGCAGAAUAAUGAGGAGGCAGAGAGGAAGGAGAAGUCGGCAAGUAAGACCUCUAAGGAAGACAAUGCCUCCGACAGUGGCGUGGAGGUCGAAAGUGCCAGUGCUGGACCUAGCGAGAAAGCUGUCGCUCAGCGGGUGGAGGCAGCAGCCGCUGUCUCGCUUUGGGGAUGGGAUGAGGAUGAAGACGACUCUGAAGACGAGGCGGAGGCGUAUACUGCACCUAUGCCGGAGACUGCUUUCAUCGGCAAAGGAAAGGCUCCCGUGAUGGUUUGA